UGUCAUUGUUCUCUUAUUCACUGCAGCAAGCUCGCUCUUUUCCAUGGUAACUAAACUGUAGUUGAGUAAUAUAACAUGGCGUGCAUUAGACUGGGAUCCAAAACCGAAGUCUUUCACCUUGAAGGCCAAGCCUGGCUUUGCUCGACUGGGCUUCCUAGUGAUAUCAUCAUUGAAGUUGGAGAGACAACCUUCCAUCUCCAUAAGUUUCCCUUGCUGUCCAGAAGCGGAGUUCUAGAAAACCUUAUCGGGGAGCUUUCUGGAGAGGACGAGAAGAAGUGUACUUUGCAGCUCCAUGACAUACCUGGAGGAGCCAAAACCUUUCUGCUUGUAGCCAAGUUCUGUUAUGGUGUAAAAAUAGAGCUCACUGCAUUAAAUGUAGUCAGUCUCAGGUGUGCAGCCGAGUAUUUUCGGAUGACUGAAGAAUAUGGAGAGGGAAAUCUCAUCUUGCAAACUGAAAAUUUUUUUAAUGAGAUUUUUGGUUACUGGACAGACUCAAUUAAAGCUCUUGAAACUUGUGAAGAGGUUCUACCACUUGCAGAAGAGCUUCAUAUUGUUACAAGAUGCAUUAAUUCCUUGGCGAUAAAAGCUUGUGCAGAUCCAAGUUUGUUUAGUUGGCCAAUGUCAGGACGGAGUGCUGUGCAAAGCCCAGAUGAGACUGUAUUUUGGAAUGGAAUACGCACAGCAACUAAGCCUCAUCCUGUGAGUGAAGAUUGGUGGUAUGAGGAUGUGUCCUUUCUUAGACUACCUCUUUAUAAAAGAUUGAUUCUUGCUGUUGGAUCGAGAGGCAUGAAGCCGGAGAGAAUUUCUGGGUCCCUUGUCUACUAUGCAAAGAGGCAUCUUCCCUUGUUGGGUAGACAAUCAAGCUUCCAAAAUGGGAACCGUGCAGGAUCAACCAUAUCUGCCCCAUAUGAUGUAAAUCAAAGAAAAAUCUUUGAAGAUAUUGUGGAGAUACUACCUAAUGAAAAAGGUAUCAUACCAACUAACUUCCUCCUUAGGCUUUUGCGAACAUCAAUGAUAUUACAUGCUAGCCCAUCAUGUCGUGAGAAUUUAGAGAAAAGGGUUGGUGCUCAGUUGGAUCAAGCAGCUCUUGAAGAUCUUCUUAUACCAAAUAUGGGGUACUCAGUGGAGACCCUUUAUGAUAUUGACUGUGUUCAGCGAAUUCUUGAUCACUUCAUGCUGGCCGAUCAUGAGCCUGUUGAUCCUAAUUCUAAUUCUAUUGUAGAUGAGGGGCAGUUAAUGGGAGGUUCCCAUUCACUGACCCCAAUGACAAUGGUGGCUAAUCUGGUGGAUGGUUAUCUAGCUGAGGUGGCACCAGAUGUUAACUUGAAGGUACUGAAAUUUCAGUCACUUGCUGCUACUAUCCCUGAUUAUGCCAGGCCUAUAGAUGAUGGAAUCUACCGUGCAAUUGAUAUAUUCCUCAAGGCUCAUCCCUGGCUAACAGACUCUGAAAAGGAACAAAUCUGUAGGCUCAUGAACUGCCAGAAGCUCUCCUUGGAAGCCAGCACCCAUGCAGCCCAGAACGAGAGGUUGCCUCUUCGUGUCAUUGUCCAAGUUUUAUUUUUUGAACAACUUCGGCUCCGCACCUCUGUUGCUGGUUGGUUCUUUGUCUCUGACAACCUUGAGAACUCACAAAAUCACAGUGGGAAUCUUGCUCUGGCUAGAAGUGAUGCCCCUAUACAAGCAGGCAACUCAUUGAACCACCUUGUGACAGUUGAUGACAUGAGGGACCGGGUGUCCGAGCUUGAGAAAGAAUGCUUUAGCAUGAAACAGGAGAUCGACAGGCUGGCGAAUACAAAGGGGAGUUGGAACACAGUCUUAAAAAGGUUUGCUGGCAAACUAAAGUCAAAGCCCUGCAAUACUAAUGCAUCAGAACCCCACAAUAAUUCCAAAGCACCACCACCAUCAACAGAACCAGUUGUGAAUGGAGGAGAAAACCAUGAAAAUGGUGGAUAGGGAGAUUGAAUUUCAUUCUCUAAAAUGAAAUAAAUGUAAAAAUAAAGAAAAAAAAGAAAAAAA